UAUUUUUACGUCAGUUGCUUUUGGGUUACGGCAGGAAAUUUCUUGUGCUUCGUCGUGUUUCGUCACUUCCUUUCACACCGGCUCGCUGUCGACUUUUACAUCGUAGUAGCACCGGUUGGAUUUAAUCUCUCGACAAAGGGGUUACAGCUAAAGGUCAUGGCAAAGUUUCACGCCCCUGUGAUCCAGGACAACCCGUCCGGAUGGGGCCCCUGCGCCGUUCCAGAGAAGUUCAAAGACAUGCCCUACCAGCCUUUCAGCAAAGGAGACCGUCUGGGGAAGGUCGCUGACUGGACCGGAGCCACGUACCAAGACAAGAGAUACACCAAUAAAUAUUCUUCUCAGUUCGGCGGCGGCAGCCAGUACGCCUACUUCCACGAGGAGGACGAGACGAGCUUCCAGCUGGUGGACACCGCUAAGACUCAGAAGACGGCCUACCAGAGGAACCGCAUGCGGUUUGCUCAGAGGAACCUUCGCAGAGACAAGGAUCGCAGGAAUCUCACUCAGUUCAACAUGCAGACGCUCCCGAAGAGCGCCAAGCAGAAAGAGAGGGAUCGUAUGCGUCUGCAGAAGAAGUUCCAGAAGCAGUUUGGCGUCCGUCAGAAGUGGGAUCAAAAGUCUCAGGCUCAGCUGAAGCCCAGAGACUCGUCUGUGGAGGUGAGGAGUGACUGGGAGGUGAAGGAGGAGAUGGACUUCCCUCGACUGAUGAAGAUGAGAUACAUGGAGGUUUCUGACCCUCUGGACAUUGAGUGCUGCGGUGCUUUGGAAUAUUACGACAAGGCGUUCGAUCGGGUCACCACCCGAAACGAGAAGCAGCUGAAAAGCAUCAAGAGGAUCUUCCACACCGUCACCACCACCGACGAUCCGGUCAUCAGGAAGCUGGCUAAGACUCAGGGCAACGUGUUUGCCACCGACGCCAUCCUGGCCACGCUGAUGUGCUGCACGCGCUCGGUGAACUCGUGGGACAUCAUCGUGCAGAGAGUCGGCAACAAGCUGUUCUUCGACAAGAGAGACAACUCGGACUUUGAUCUGCUGACUGUGAGCGAAACGGCCAACGAGCCGCCGCAGGAUGAGGGAAACUCCUUCAACUCUCCUCGUAACCUGGCCAUGGAGGCCACCUACAUCAACCACAACUUCAGCCAGCAGUGUCUACGCAUGGGUGCAGAGAGGUACAAGUUCCCAAAUCCCAACCCGUUUGUGGAGGAGGACAUGGACAAGAGUGAGGUGGCGUCUGUAGCCUACAGGUACCGCCACUGGAAGCUUGGAGAAGACAUCGACCUGAUCGUCCGCUGUGAACACGAUGGGGUGAUGACUGGAGCGAACGGAGAAGUGUCCUUCAUCAACGUCAAGACUCUUAACGAGUGGGACUCCAGGUAUUGUAACGGAGUGGAUUGGCGUCAGAAGCUGGACUCUCAGCGAGGCGCCGUCCUCGCCACCGAGCUGAAGAACAACAGCUACAAACUGGCUCGUUGGACCUGCUGUGCCAUGCUGGCUGGAUCCGAGUACCUGAAGCUUGGGUACGUCUCUCGUUACCACGUGAAGGACUCUUCUCGCCACGUCAUCCUGGGAACCCAGCAGUUCAAACCAAACGAGUUUGCCAGCCAGAUCAACCUGAGCAUGGAGAACGCCUGGGGAAUCCUCCGCUGCGUCAUCGACAUCUGCCGCAAGCUGGAUGAGGGCAAAUACCUGAUCCUGAAGGACCCCAACAAGCAAGUGAUUCGGGUUUACAGUCUGCCUGAGGGAACCUUCAGCUCUGACGAGGAGGAGGAGGAAGAGGAGGAUGAAGAGGAUGAGGAGGAGGAGGAUGAAGAGAAUUAAAGUGGAGUUUCCUUCUUCGACCAAAUCAACCUUCAUCUUUCUCACAAAAACCACCAUUUAAUUCCCUUUGAAACUCAAUAAAGACAAGUUGGACAAAUGA